UUCCCCUCAGUGCGGAAUACGGAAACUGCAGCCAUGACCACCCACGUCACCCUGGAAGAUGCCCUGUCCAACGUGGACCUGCUGGAAGAGCUGCCCCUCCCUGACCAGCAGCCAUGCAUCGAGCCUCCGCCUUCCUCCAUCAUGUACCAGGCCAACUUUGACACGAACUUCGAGGACAGGAAUGCAUUUGUCACAGGCAUUGCAAGGUACAUCGAACAGGCUACGGUCCACUCCAGCAUGAAUGAAAUGCUGGAGGAAGGACACGAGUAUGCGGUCAUGCUGUACACCUGGCGCAGCUGUUCCCGGGCCAUCCCCCAGGUGAAAUGCAACGAGCAGCCCAACCGUGUGGAGAUAUACGAGAAGACAGUGGAGGUGCUGGAGCCGGAGGUCACCAAGCUCAUGAAGUUCAUGUACUUCCAGCGCAAGGCCAUCGAGCGGUUCUGCAGCGAGGUGAAGCGGCUGUGCCAUGCCGAGCGGAGGAAGGACUUUGUCUCCGAGGCCUACCUCCUGACGCUGGGCAAGUUCAUCAACAUGUUCGCCGUCCUGGACGAGCUGAAGAACAUGAAGUGCAGCGUCAAGAACGACCACUCUGCCUACAAGAGGGCGGCGCAGUUCCUGAGGAAGAUGGCGGACCCCCAGUCUAUCCAGGAGUCGCAGAACCUCUCCAUGUUCCUGGCCAACCACAACAGGAUCACCCAGUGUCUCCAUCAGCAACUGGAAGUGAUCCCAGGCUACGAGGAGCUGCUGGCGGACAUCGUCAACAUCUGCGUGGAUUACUACGAGAACAAGAUGUAUCUGACCCCCAGCGAGAAGCAUAUGCUCCUCAAGGUGAUGGGUUUUGGUCUCUACCUGAUGGAUGGAAAUGUCAGUAACAUCUACAAACUGGAUGCCAAGAAGAGAAUCAACCUCAGUAAAAUCGAUAAAUUCUUUAAGCAGCUGCAGGUGGUGCCUCUAUUCGGCGACAUGCAGAUAGAGCUGGCCAGAUACAUUAAGACCAGUGCUCACUAUGAAGAGAACAAGUCCAAGUGGACCUGCACCCAGAGCAGCAUCAGCCCCCAGUACAAUAUCUGCGAGCAGAUGGUUCAGAUCCGAGAUGACCACAUCCGCUUCAUCUCCGAACUCGCUCGCUACAGCAACAGUGAGGUGGUGACGGGCUCGGGGCUGGACAGCCAGAAGUCCGACGAGGAGUACCGCGAGCUCUUCGACCUGGCCCUGCGGGGCCUGCAGCUCUUAUCCAAGUGGAGCGCCCACGUCAUGGAGGUGUACUCCUGGAAGCUGGUUCACCCCACCGACAAGUUCUGUAACAAGGACUGCCCGGGCACGGCCGAGGAGUACGAGAGAGCCACGCGCUACAACUACACCAGCGAGGAGAAGUUCGCCUUUGUGGAGGUGAUCGCCAUGAUCAAAGGCCUGCAGGUGCUCAUGGGCAGGAUGGAGAGCGUCUUCAACCAGGCCAUCAGGAACACCAUCUACGCGGCCCUGCAGGACUUUGCCCAGGUGACGCUGCGCGAGCCCCUGAGGCAGGCGGUGCGGAAGAAGAAGAACGUUCUUAUCAGUGUCCUGCAGGCAAUUCGGAAGACCAUCUGUGACUGGGAGGGUGGCCGAGAGCCCCCCAAUGACCCAUGCCUAAGAGGGGAGAAGGAUCCCAAAGGCGGAUUUGACAUCAAGGUGCCCCGGCGUGCUGUGGGGCCCUCCAGCACACAGCUGUACAUGGUGCGGACCAUGCUCGAGUCGCUCAUCGCAGACAAGAGCGGCUCCAAGAAGACCCUGAGGAGCAGCCUGGACGGCCCCAUUGUCCUCGCCAUAGAGGACUUCCACAAGCAGUCCUUCUUCUUCACACACCUGCUCAACAUCAGUGAAGCCCUGCAGCAGUGCUGUGACCUCUCCCAGCUCUGGUUCCGAGAGUUCUUCCUGGAGCUGACCAUGGGCCGGCGGAUCCAGUUUCCCAUUGAGAUGUCCAUGCCCUGGAUCCUGACAGACCAUAUCCUGGAAACCAAAGAACCUUCCAUGAUGGAGUACGUCCUCUACCCGUUGGACCUGUACAAUGACAGCGCCUACUAUGCUCUGACCAAGUUCAAAAAGCAGUUCCUGUACGACGAGAUCGAAGCCGAGGUGAACCUGUGUUUUGAUCAGUUUGUCUAUAAGCUGGCGGAUCAGAUCUUCGCUUACUACAAAGCCAUGGCCGGCAGUGUCCUGUUGGAUAAACGUUUUAGAGCCGAAUGUAAGAACUAUGGAGUCAUCAUUCCGUACCCGCCGUCCAACCGCUACGAGACGCUGCUGAAACAGAGACACGUCCAGCUCCUGGGUAGAUCAAUUGACCUGAACAGACUCAUUACUCAGCGCAUCUCUGCCGCCAUGUACAAAUCCUUGGACCAGGCCAUCAGCCGCUUUGAGAGUGAGGACCUGACCUCCAUAGUGGAGCUGGAGUGGCUGCUGGAGAUCAACCGGCUCACGCACCGGCUGCUGUGCAAGCACAUGACCCUGGACAGCUUCGACGCCAUGUUCCGGGAGGCCAACCACAACGUGUCCGCCCCCUACGGCCGCAUCACCCUGCACGUCUUCUGGGAGCUGAACUUCGACUUCCUCCCCAACUACUGCUACAACGGAUCCACCAACCGUUUUGUCCGAACUGCCAUUCCUUUCACCCAAGAACCGCAAAGAGAUAAACCCGCCAACGUCCAGCCUUAUUACCUCUAUGGGUCCAAGCCUCUCAACAUCGCCUACAGCCACAUCUACAGCUCCUACAGGAACUUCGUGGGGCCCCCUCACUUCAAGACCAUCUGCAGACUCCUGGGCUACCAGGGCAUCGCCGUGGUCAUGGAGGAGCUGCUGAAGAUCGUCAAGAGCUUGCUCCAGGGGACCAUUCUCCAGUAUGUGAAAACACUGAUCGAAGUGAUGCCCAAGAUAUGCCGCUUGCCCCGGCAUGAGUAUGGCUCCCCAGGGAUCCUGGAGUUCUUCCACCACCAGCUGAAGGACAUCAUUGAGUACGCAGAGCUCAAAACAGACGUGUUCCAGAGCCUGAGGGAAGUGGGCAACGCCAUCCUGUUCUGCCUGCUUAUAGAGCAAGCCCUGUCUCAGGAGGAAGUCUGUGAUUUGCUCCAUGCUGCGCCCUUCCAAAAUAUCUUGCCGAGAGUCUACAUCAAAGAGGGGGAGCGUCUGGAAGUCCGGAUGAAACGCCUGGAAGCCAAGUACGCCCCGCUUCACCUGGUCCCUCUGAUAGAGCGGCUGGGGACCCCUCAGCAAAUUGCAAUCGCUCGGGAGGGCGACCUGCUGACCAAGGAGCGGCUGUGCUGCGGCCUGUCCAUGUUCGAGGUCAUCCUGACCCGCAUUCGGAGCUACUGCAGGAGACCCUUUUGGUUCACAGCCGAGCAAUGUUUUGGUGAUGGCUUGAACUGGGCCGGCUGCUCCAUCAUCGUCCUGCUGGGCCAGCAGCGUCGCUUUGACCUGUUCGACUUCUGCUACCACCUGCUGAAAGUGCAGAGGCAGGACGGGAAGGAUGAAAUCAUUAAGAAUGUGCCGCUGAAAAAAAUGGCAGACAGGAUCAGGAAGUACCAGAUCUUGAACAAUGAGGUUUUUGCCAUCCUGAACAAGUACAUGAAGUCCGUGGAGACAGACAGUUCCACCGUGGAGCAUGUGCGCUGCUUCCAGCCACCCAUCCACCAGUCCCUGGCCACCACCUGCUAGGCGGGAGGUCCUGCAAGCCCUCAACCUGGAGGAGACCACGCAGCAGGAGAGAGAACGCCAUGGCCAGCCCUGCAAUGGUGUCCGACUGGACAGCGGGUGGGAUGGACCUGGAAGCCAAUAGGAACCUCCCCAAACACAUCUACACUCCCAAGCUGGGCCUGUGCAUGCUCUCCCCUGACAUCUCCAUGGUGGUUUUGCCCUCACAUAAAUGAAAACAACACAAAACCAAAAACCAGGGCAGAUGUGCUUUUGUUUUCUCCUUUCUUUCCUCAGCUGUGUUAAGAGCCCUAGUUUCACCCUUUCUCCAUCUCACAGCCCCACCCCACAUCUGUGGUUGCUUCCCAACACUUCCUCCCAGAUGGUGACCUCCUACCCAGUGCCCACGUGUGACCUCAAAGCUGAAGUCUCCGAAAUGGAGAAAAGAGUGUGGCCUUGGCCCUAGAAAUCAGCCUAACCGGAUGGCCAUGCCUCCUCUACUGGCUUCUUCACCUCCUCUGGCUCCCUCCCCCAGUUUUUCCAGGUGGCACCUCCUCCUGCUCUGGACACCAGGGAUUCUACCGCCAGAGUACUCUGGGCCAGGCGCUGAGAGCCCUGGAGAAAGAGGACAGGGUGUCAGCACCAUGGUAAAUGGUGUUGGCCCUGACCUUCCGUGGACUCCAAGCCACAUCCUCACUCUCCUCUCGGGGCUCUCCUAGAACCCAGACAUGCAUUCUCAGCUGUAUCCCACUGAGCGGAACUAGGUAGGAGGGUGGUCCGGCCCAGUGUGUGGAAGAGGCAUUUAUGAUUCCAUAGCCCGAGACAGAAAGCUAUUGGAACAUUUCAUCCGCUUGACGGCGAGAUGGUUCCUUUCUUCAUUAAGGAAAUACUUAAUGAUCCCUAAGCCGCACAGGGGAUGGACACUGGAACAAGUCAGCGAGCAAAUUAGGGGCCACUUCUUUGCACAGAUUGUCAUCAAGAAAAUAUUAAGGGGUUAUUUUAAUAGGAGCCAGAAACAUAUGGGGGGUCAAGGAGGUGAGGAAUUCAAAUAAAAUUUGUCAGUGAGCUUUUACUACCAAGAUACACCCACAAAAAGGAGUUGUUUUAGUGACUCAGGACUUCAUUGUCCUAGAAAUGGAUUCUUGAGACAUUUUAUCUUUUGCUCUCACCUUCCUUAAUGUUCCUUAACUUAGGUUUUGAGGGAUGGGACGUAUCCCACAGGGGCAUAACUACUUCAAAUUUCCCAGACUGAUCCAAAAUCCCUAGCAGAUCUCCCUCCAGGCAUGGGGGGAGUGGGAAGACGGAAGCCUUUGGAAGUGAAUGUCUCAUUACAGAGCGCACCAUCUCCAAAGGGGGCCUGUGCUCCUGGGCUUGUAAGAAAAUAUAAAGUGAAGUAUUUGAUAUCUCCCACCUCCACCCCCACCCAGGAGGAAAAGAAAAGAGAAAAAAAUAGAACAAUAAUGAUCCCCUCCCUCAGGGUGGAUGGAUAGAAAUGGUUACCAUUAAUCAGGUGGCCCAUUUUAACCCCAUGGGAAUGGGAAGAGCAAGCACGAGUCCAGAGCAAGAGGCUUGUGUGAUACACCGAUGCUCACCAGGGAGGAGGGAGCUGGGGCUCGCCAAGUGUGGUCCGAAGGCCUCCUACCACGGCCUCCUGAGAUUACCACAUUUAAUGACGAUUCCUGGGCUCCGCCUCAAACCCACUAAUUUUGCAUCCCUGGGAGUAAGAUGGAGAGAUCUGAGUUCUGUUGCACAUGGAAGUCCGAGGACCACUGCUGUAGAAGUGCUCUCCCCUGCUAGCCUUGGCCUUGGAGCUUCCUCUGAGCCACAAAAGUAAAUAUUUGUAGGGAAGGAGAGUGGUUCAAAGUGGAAGCUGGCAGAUCUUGUCUGGAGGUGCCACUUCCUAUUCCGAUAUUUCAGUUUUUCCUCUUGAUGACCAUAGAUGUGUCCCAAAUGCAAGAGGGAAAGGUUAUACCCCAUGGUUGAACGACACAGAACAUGCCUUCAAAACCCGCAUCAAAUCUCUUAAGUUUCAGAGCCUUCUGGACCUUCCAUCCUGUCUGGGAACAGUCGCUGUUGCAGUCAGAUGACCAGUUCUUAAGUCCUAGAGGUCUUUCCAGAUCCUUGACUGUUGCUUUUGUGGAGAUUUGGAUCAUCCAUUUGAUGAGAUUACAAUUUCAACCACCCACCCUCCUGGCCCUGCAUUCAUAAAUCUGAAUUUGGCCCUCUGGGUAGAAUCCCAUUAUCCUCAGGAGGUUCUCUCCCAGUAAAAUGAGGUCUUCACCUUCGGGAGGGACCUCUCAUUUCCCCAGCUUGCCAGCAGCAUUUAUUUAUGAGCAUUGAAGAGGUUUAAAAUUCUUUACGCCUUGAUGUUAUACCCACCCCCCUUCUGUGGUGUGUGUGUGUGUGUGUGUCUUAAGAAUCAAGUAAUAAAAAACAAAACAUAGGUUUUAAAGUUAAAAACACACAUCUGUUUCAGAAACUGUCAAAUGUACCAUAUUUGUAUUAAGAGAUGUUGGGGAUUUUUGUACAAUGAAUUUACAUUUAUUUAUGGUGACUUCUAUCUACCCUUGUGAUCAAAUAAUAAUGUUAAAUUCUUAAAUCAUAUUUGCUAUGCAGCUGAAGAUGAUAUUUUGCUUUGUAUCUUGGAGUAUCUGUGUUGAGUUGAUAAACAUUUCCAUCUUCAUUAAAAUUGCUUCCAAACUGAUGAAA